CCUCCGGGUGUGAUAAACGGCAAUCCAGUCCUCUAUCUGCUGCAACUACAACCUUCGAUCCCUGGAAUUUACAUAAUUCCCUGGGCGACCUAAUGCUCGCACCUGCCGCGCCGCCGGUCAGUGUUGGUCCAGGCUGCUGCUCGUGCUCGCCAUCAUGACCUGCUGUGAUCAGAGAUGCGCGCUCAUCACAGGGGCCGUGCUGGGCGCCCUGAUCGCCGUGCUGGGAGGGAUUCUCUUCCCUGUGGGCAACAUGGUCAUUGAAAACACCGUCAACAAGGAAACAGUGUUGGAAAACGGGACUUUAGCAUUUGACACCUGGACGUCUGUUGACGUAGCAAUAUACAGGCAGUUCUGGCUGUUUGACGUUCAGAACCCAGAUGAAGUUGUAAGUCAAGGGGCCAAACCUGUGCUGGUGCAGAAAGGACCGUACACGUACAAGACACGUUUUAUCCCCAAAAGAAAUAUCACCUUCAAUGAUAACUUCACUGUGUCAUUUGUGCUGCCAGCGGGAGCCAUCUUUGAGCCUGGCAUGUCAGUAGGGACAGAGGAUGACAUAUUCACAUCACUAAACCUGGCUGUAGCAGGUGUCUACAGUUUACUUGAUCAUAAAUUGGCAAAUUUGUUUAUCCAAAGCUCCAAUUCCAAACUUUUCCAGAACAGGACUGUUAAGGAGUUGUUGUGGGGCUACAAAGACCCAAUGCUGAACACCAUGAUGGGAGUUUUCUAUCCAUACAAUGACACCACCGAUGGACCAUACACUGUGUUCACAGGCAAAGAUUUCAUCGAAAAGGUAGCCACGAUUGAACGCUGGAUGGGUGAAACAUCACUGAGUUACUGGAAUGACUAUUAUUGCAACAUGAUAAACGGAACAGAUGGCUCCUCCUUCCACCCGUUCCUGGACAAGAAAGAACAUCUAUACUUCUUUUCUCCUGAUAUCUGCAGGUCAAUAUCUGCUGUAUAUGCGAGCACUGUGGAUCUGAAGGGAAUUGAUGUGUAUCGGUACAAGUUGCCUGCUGAAGCUCUGGCCUCUCCAAUGACCAACCCAGAUAACAUGUGCUACUGUACAGACCCGGUGAUCACCAAAAACUGCACUACAGCAGGACUUCUCGACCUCACUGCGUGUAAAGGAGCCCCAGUAUUCCUCUCUCUACCCCACUUCCUCUAUGGCUCCAAUCAUCUCGUCCAGUCAGUGAUCGGACUGAGUCCAAACCCUGAUGAGCACUCCAUAUUUUUGGACGUGGAACCGAUUACAGGUUUCACUCUGAGAUUUGCAAAAAGGCUUCAGCUCAACAUGCUGUACGGCCCAUCGGAUGAUAUUGUAAUUUUGAACAAAAUCACAGACCACACAGUUUUCCCUAUUUUGUGGGUGAAUGAGACUGCAGUCCUGGACGAUGAGACGGCCGACAUGUUCAAGAAAGAGCUGAUUUCUCGAAUCGACCUGCUGGAGGGGCUUCAGAUCGGAUUUAUAGCGGUCGGCUCCAUCAUAUUUGUCAGCUGUAUGAUCGGAUUGAUAGUGGUGUGCAACAAGAAAAAUAAACUUAGUUUGAUUGCAUAAACAGGGAGGGAUGCUUGGUGCUUUGUGUCUUUUGAUUUUUGAUAGCACCCUUUGGGGGAAUUGUAUAUUGUAAUUGUUAUUUGAGCUCAGAGUAUCGCAAUUCUAUUUAUAUCAUUUAUAUACUCUGCAAUUUUGAGGAGCAAAAUUAUUUACUUUGUAUUUGCUUGAUAUUGUAUCAAGUCAUACUUUCAAUAGUUAUCAGGGUAAAAUAUUCUGCCAUUAUGUGGUCAUACUGUGGUUGAUUUAAAUUUGAAAUAGUUUUGUAUGUCAGCAGAAUUUCAGUAAAACAAAGAACUGUGAAACUU